AUGGCAUGUCGCGCAAGCAUUCACAAGGCGAUCCAUCCAUGCUUCGACCUAUCAGCUAUUUUCCCGCCAAGAGACUUGCCUAAGCUCGAGCUUCCCGUCGGACUAAUGAUAGGUGCAAAAUACGUCAUUAAGAUAUUCGUGUUCGACAGCCAAUCCAUCAUGAAGCUCAAAGCCGUGGCGAAAUGGGGAGGGUUCGAUUCCAAAAGGGAACCCUCACGCGUGGAACUAGUCACAGCGCUCGUGUCGAUUGCUAUCUUGGACGGUGCCAAGCUCAAAAAUGGGCAAUCCAAGCCGCUCCUAAUUGCGCACAUGGUGAACCUGCGUGGAAGGACAGAUCUCCUGUCACACAAGAAUCCCUGUGGCAAUCUCUACACGGCGGUGCACUGGAAGUCCGCGGUCGAGGUGGAAAAGCCCGGGUUACAUGGCUUGGUGGGUUUGAUGCGAGACGUGAUGACAACCUUGCUUGCCAAGUUAGCGAAAGUGAUAGGCGAGGAGGAUUUGGGCGAGAUGGUGAUGAACGCGGGGAGAGAGUUUCAGGAGGAACUGCGGCAAGGCGACGCCGACGUACUCCUGUUCACCAGCUGGUGUCGGUUUCCGCUGCACCGAGUUGAUUUGGGUUGGGGUGAGCCUGAGUUUGUGAGUAGCUUAUGCAGUCCGUUUGACUCGGUCACAUUGAUGGAUCACAGGGAAGGCGAUGAUGAUGGCGGAGUUGUGGCCCAGGUGAGCUUGACUGAAGACGACAUGGAUCUUUUCUGUAAACAACAUGACAUUUUACAAGAUGCUUGCCAUAAGUAG